UCUGAGCUCAGACCAAAACAAGGAUGUAGGUGGAGACGAAACUUGGACAGAACAGGAGAAGUUCAUGCUCAAGACACAAUAAGACGCUGCUGAGGACAUAGAUGAGGACACACAGGUAGAGAUGCUGCUGUUCCUGUCCCUGCUGAUCCUCUGUGCGCCACUAGGGGGCGAAGCCUCACCAAUCAGCUGCUACAAUGAUCAAGGAGAAGCUGUUGAUUGGUUCUACAUCUACAAGCUGCCCAAAGAACACGGCAGGAAGUCUCCCAUAGAGGGUGAGAGGUAUCUGCUGCUGGAGAAAGGCAGUGCAGGCUGGACGGAUGGGAAGGGCUCUGUGAACGAGACGACGGGAGCCCUGGGCCGGACGGUGGGGCAGCUGUACUCACAGGGAAAGAGCACAGAGUUAGCGUACAUCCUUUACAACGACCAGAAGCCAUCUGAAGACUUUGGCGACAGAUGGGUUGACGACGGUGGAAGCAGAGGGGGGCACACCAAAGGUGAGUCCAGGUCCAGGUCUCCUGCAGUCCAGAUGGCCCACAAAAGAUCCGACUUUGAUUCCGGUUCUUGCCUUCGAUCUGAUCUGUUGUGCGCUACAGGAGAGCAGCUGCAGAUCAAUCAGCCUUAUGUGUACGACUGCGACGUGCCGGAGUCCUUGGCGUCCGUGGUGCCGGCGUUGGCUGCUGUCUGCAAGAAGAAGCAUCUGUCCGGUCAGAUGUUUCCACAUGUCAAGCCUGUGUCCAAUCGCAGUGUGACGCUGACCUCGAAGGACGGCACCGACUUCAUCAGCUUCGCCAAAGGAGCCUCUUUUGACAACGAUCUGUACCACUCCUGGGUGGCCCCCACCCUCCAGUCAGACCUCCUGGUCCAGUUCUGGAUUCGCUCCACGGGCAUCCUCCCGUCCGACUGCUCGCUGGGCUGGAAGGUCCUGGACAUCACGCUCAUCCACCCGGGCCAGACGUUCAGCUUCAAGGCCAGCCAGGACCACUCCAAGUGGGCGGUCAGCCCCAAGGCGGCCGGGCAGGGCGCCGGAGGAGGCUGGGUCUGCGUGGGGGACAUAAACCGGAACGAGGCGGAGGAGAAGCGGGGCGGAGGCACGGUGUGUCUGCGGGACCCUGUGGUGUGGAAGGCUUACCGGACGGCGGCGCUGGAGUGUGAGGCGUGUGGAGGAGGGACGAUCCAGUGCUGAUGGCUGAUGGGUGGACUGGGCUCGACGACUGGACCACAGCGGGUCGAUGGGGUGAAAUAACUCAGACGGGUUUUUAGGGAAAUGCUUGAACAUAUUUGGUGCUGUAUUAUUAUAUAUUUCAUUUAAUGAAACCUGUUGAAACGACCCACGUUUGACUUUUAAACUUCACACAUUCUUUUCUACGUACUUUGGGUUUUACGUGUCCGAUCAGUUCCUUGAAGGUUUCCUGUGGAGUUCUGGACAUUGUUUAAGAUGCAUCGUGUAGGAAUCAGUAGUGAAGCUGCACGCUGCAUCCAGCCAACAGCCUCCCACUGGGCCACACUGUGUGUUAUCGAUUGGUUUUUGAUUAGUUAAAGGUAAAGUCAGCGAUUCUAAUCCGACUCAGUUUUGGUCAAACUGAGUGAGUAUCUCUGCUCGUUAGUCACUUCGUGUGUGCACUGCUAAAACUCACAGGUCUGGCUCUGUAAAUGCAAAACAAAGUGGCUGGUGCUGUAGGAUGGAGGGCAGCAGGUGGAAAACUAACCGUGGAUCUGGCACGAGCUACGUAUCUAAAUAUGCUGAUUAGCUAAAUAUCAGUAAUCCGUCUCCAUCUGUAAUGGUGGAGGACAGUGUCUCAGUGAGUGUCCUGGUUCGUUUACACUCGCACGAGGAUGGUUUAACACCCCUCCAGUGACCAACAGGUGGCAGUAAUGAGCAGAGAAACAACAACAACAAAGGAAGCACAGAGGAAGACUGGGAGCUGGUUGACAUCAUGGAAGCAGAAUGGCAGAUGUCAAACUAUGAAACAAGCAGAGCUGGCAGCGUGUCAUGAGGAAGGAAACGCAUUCAGCACAUUUGUCAACCUCCGCGAUGCACAUGAUGCAUUCUGGUGAGUGACACAGAAUCUGAACAGAAACUCUGGUUGCAGGGAAACUCCACAGGGCUCCUUUAAAACGCUGCAUGAAGGCCAACAAAACAGGCCUCCAACAGUAGAGAUUUGUGACUAAAACAUGUUCACGUAAUGCUUAAGAGUCUAACUCUGAUCUGCUUUGUAGGGACUGUGUGGGUGUUAUUUGAUUUAAACAACCGUCCUCCGCUUCAGAUUAAAGUUUGUGACCCACGUGUUCGUAGCCGAGCUUCACCCACUGCCAACCGGUGAAAUUAAAAAUACUCGUCUUCUAGCUGCAAUAAUUAAAUCUAAUCCAACCAUAGUGGAAAAUAAAGAUCCCAUCCCAGGAAGCUGAUUAAACACAUGCCACUUGUUCUGUUGCGUGCUCGGUGUGAUUCUGUUUUUUGCACAUCCUCCUCCUUAAUGCACACAGAACGGUGCUUCAGGAGCAAAGUAGUCAGAUCUGACGGGAAAGCGUGGAUUAUGGGACAAAAGUGGUGUUCGUUUUGAAAAGCACAAAAGCCUCAAAGGGGCCACUUUAGAGACGAGUGUGAGCUGCUGGAGUGUCUUCACAGCCACUGGGCGCCGUUUUAACCGAACUGGAUGAGCGCCGCUUGGCUUAUUUUAUCCGUUUAGCUGGUUGGUUCUCGGGGAGAGCACCGUCGAGCUUCACUGGUUGGAAAAUGUGUGAAAGUAGAACAAUGCGGCGAGGAUCAAUUAAAGACACUGACAAGAUCCAAGUGUGAGGAAGGCUUUAAUACUUGGUGAAUGUUUGUGCUGAGUGUCUGAUGUUCUGUUAUCGAGUCUUUUUUUAGUUUUUGUGCUUCUGAUUUGAUUCUCGUGUCACAUUUCCACGUACGUACAUUCACUCUGACUUUGAUUCUGCUUGAAGAUAAAGAUGCUGGCUGUCUUGAAUCUGAAUAAUAAUAAUAAAAGGUCUAAAACAGUA